GGGAAGAAGCCCCGGCGGUGCCCUGACUCCUCCUGUCCAGCAGAGGGCGCGGCCCGGCCGCUCCCGCAUGCGCAGUGAGCGGUGUGUCAGAUGCCGGGGAGCCUCGCAGCCGGCGCGGUGUUCCCAGCUGGCUCGCGCAGACCUGGCCCUGGCGGCGGCCCCCACCUCCCCGCCUUCGGACCCGGGCGGCCGUGGCCCGCGCCCAGCGGCAUGAGCCGGUGACCGAGCGCGAGGCCGAGCGGAAGGCAGCCGUGGCUGAGGAGUGUGAGGAAGAGGCUGUCUGUGUCAUUAUGUGUGCGUCGGUCAAGUACAAUAUCCGGGGUCCUGCCCUCAUCCCAAGAAUGAAGACCAAGCACCGAAUCUACUACAUCACCCUCUUCUCCAUUGUCCUCUUGGGCCUCAUUGCCACGGGCAUGUUUCAGUUCUGGCCCCACUCCAUCGAGUCCUCAAAUGACUGGAGCGUGGAGAAGCGUAGUGUGCGUGACGUGCCAGUGGUCAGGCUGCCAGCCGAGAGUCCCAUCCCUGAGCGAGGGGACCUCAGUUGCAGAAUGCAUACAUGUUUUGAUGUCUACCGCUGUGGCUUCAACCCAAAGAACAAAAUCAAGGUGUAUAUCUACUCUCUGAAGAAGUAUGUGGACGACCUUGGUGUCCCGGUCAGCAACACCAUCUCCCGGGAGUAUAAUGAACUGCUCACGGCCAUCUCAGACAGCGACUACUACACCGACGACAUCAACCGGGCCUGCCUGUUUGUGCCCUCCAUUGAUGUGCUCAACCAGAACACACUUCGCAUCAAGGAGACAGCGCAGGCACUGGCCCAGCUCUCCAGGUGGGAUCGAGGUACAAAUCACCUGUUGUUCAACAUGCUGCCUGGAGGUCCCCCAGAUUAUAACACGGCCCUGGAUGUCCCCAGAGACAGGGCAUUGUUGGCUGGCGGUGGCUUUUCUACGUGGACUUACCGGCAAGGCUAUGACGUCAGCAUUCCUGUCUAUAGUCCCUUGUCAGCUGAAGUGCAUCUUCCAGAGAAAGGACCAGGUCCUCGGCGAUACUUCCUCCUGUCCUCUCAGAUGGCUGUCCAUCCCGAAUACAGAGAGGACCUAGACGCUCUGCAGGCCAAACAUGGAGGGUCGGUGUUGGUGCUGGAUAAGUGCAGCAACCUCUCAGAGGGCGCCCUUUCUGUCCGCAAGCGCUGCCACAAGCACCAGGUCUUCGAUUACCCGCAGGUGCUGCAGGAGGCUACUUUCUGUGUGGUCCUUCGUGGUGCUCGGCUGGGCCAGGCCGUGUUGAGUGACGUGCUCCAGGCUGGCUGUGUCCCCGUAGUCAUUGCCGACUCCUAUGUUCUGCCUUUCUCUGAAGUUCUGGACUGGAAGAGAGCGUCUGUGGUGGUUCCCGAAGAAAAGAUGUCAGACGUGUUCAGCAUUCUGCAGAGCAUCCCACAAAGACAGAUUGAGGAAAUGCAGAGACAGGCACGGUGGUUCUGGGAAGCAUACUUCCAGUCGAUUAAGGCCAUUGCCCUGGCUACUCUCCAGAUUAUCAAUGACCGGAUCUACCCAUAUGCGGCUAUCUCCUAUGAAGAGUGGAAUGACCCUCCCGCUGUGAAGUGGGGCAGUGUGAGCAACCCGCUCUUCCUCCCGCUGAUCCCGCCGCAGUCGCAGGGGUUCACCGCCAUUGUCCUCACCUAUGACCGGGUCGAGAGCCUCUUCCGCGUCAUCACCGAGGUGUCCAAGGUGCCCAGUCUGUCCAAGCUGCUGGUCGUCUGGAAUAAUCAGAAUAAAAACCCCCCAGAAGAUUCUCUCUGGCCGAAAAUCCGGGUUCCAUUAAAAGUCGUGAGGACCGCCGAGAACAAGCUGAGUAACCGCUUCUUCCCUUACGAUGAGAUCGAGACCGAGGCUGUGCUGGCCAUCGACGACGACAUCAUCAUGCUGACCUCUGACGAGCUGCAGUUUGGUUAUGAGGUCUGGCGGGAAUUUCCUGACCGGCUGGUGGGCUACCCCGGUCGUCUGCAUCUCUGGGACCAUGAGAUGAAUAAAUGGAAGUACGAGUCGGAGUGGACGAAUGAGGUCUCCAUGGUGCUCACUGGGGCAGCUUUUUAUCACAAGUAUUUUAAUUACCUGUAUACCUACAAAAUGCCUGGGGACAUCAAGAACUGGGUUGAUGCGCACAUGAACUGUGAAGAUAUAGCCAUGAACUUCCUGGUGGCGAAUGUCACGGGGAAGGCUGUCAUCAAGGUGACCCCACGAAAGAAAUUCAAGUGUCCUGAGUGCACAGCCAUUGACGGGCUUUCUCUAGACCAGACACACAUGGUGGAGAGACAGAAGCACUGUCAGAAAGUAAAACCUGUAGAGAUUUGACUUGAUUGGCCGCUGCUUUGACCCUGUGGUUUGAAGAGAGGAAAGCUGUUGUCCAGCGCUUGAACCACAUCACCUAGAGUCUUCACUCUCCCCGCAAUUCUUCCCUGGGUCUGGAUGCUGCCUGCCCCCCACCUCCUGAGUCUCAGGAAAGAAACUCAGAUACUAGCAAGUUAUGGUGGAGUCUGAUGCCAAGAGCCAGGUUCUGCCCAGUUCUACCACUUUCUAGCUCUGGGUCCUUGGGCAAGUUACUUAGCCUUAUUUUCUUAAUCCAUCACCUUAGGAUAAUAUAAACCCAGUCCCUGGGCAAGGGAGAGGGAUGGGGAGGGAUAUUUAAGGAAUCUAGAGAUAUCUAUGUACAGCUGGCCAGGAGUAGACUCUCAACUGACUCUAACUUCCAGCUCCUCCCUUUGGAGCCUGGAAUUACACUAGUAGUUACAUUUGUAUAAGAUCAUAAUUAAGACUUCAGCCUCAGGAGCCAGAAUGCCUGGGUUUGGCUCAUGGCUCUUCUAGGUUUUCGGACCUGUCAACAUGUUACUUAGCUUCUCCAUGUCUCAGUCUCCCCCAGGGAAAAUAGGAACGAGAGGCCAUCACACCCGUUACGAGGAGAACUGGAAGCACUGCUAGCCUGGCAAGUUACUUAACAGUGCAGACGACGAAGCCAGCUACUUGUGGUGUCAGUGGGCAUGAGGGCACGUUAGCUAAAAACUCCAAGUGAAAUGGUUCAGAUGUUUCAGAAACAUAAUGACAAGGGGAAAAACAGUAAUAGCAAUCUUCUUUAUUAAUGGUUUCUUCCUGGAGCCAAGUUCAUCCAUGCAAACUUGUUGAUUAAAAUAACUGGAAGCCAGGCUUUUGGUUGUACUUCCGAGGACAAAGAGAUUGUGCCAAGUCCGCCUGGUGGGCAGCUGGCCAGUUCCUGCUGCAGCUCUCCAGAGCCGAGGACCUGCCAUCUGAUGCCAUCUCUGAGGUCCCCUGACUGCAGACACGGCUUCCCCAGGCCUGGCUCCACCCCAGUUCGGUGCUGACCUUUCUUCUUGCCCAGCUGCCACACUCAGUUGGCCUGAUUGACCUGCAUCGUCCCUAAAAUACGCCUGGCUCAGUCCUCUCCGAGGGUUGCUGACCAGCUCCAGGCGGGGUUGAGCCAGGAGAUGCCUCUCCUCCAGUACCUCCAUCAGGAGCUGUUGUCCCAAGUUGGCAAGGGUGACUAAAAUCACAGAUUAGGCAAGCAGACCCGUGUGAGCUCCGCCUGUCAGAGGAGCUUGUGCAGGCGCCUGGUCCUUCCUGGAGAUGGCCACGUGGAGGCCCUGCAUGAGUGCUGCUCAGUGAACCAAGUGUUCGUUGUUUGAAAUUGAGGUUCGCUGCCCUUCUUCCCUCGCUGCCCACUGCCACGUGGGUGGGACCCUUCUCCUGCCCUUUAAACUUCACUAAGCUGAACUCAGAUCCAAGUCGCUUUCCUUCCCACCCUCCUUAGCUGGCAGAGAUGGGGUUAAGGUCUGUUGGCAGCUAAUCCACCUGGGUCUGAGGCCUGCCAGUGCUGAGCUGGAAGAAUGCCUGGAAUUUGAGGGGGAGGGGGAGAGAUCCUGACCUGUAGACCAGCCUCCAACCGCAUCGCAUCGUUCACUUUCUCCCCCGAACUGAGCCUGGACCCCCAGCUCCUCCUUGAUCCCUACCUCUCCAUCUUCCCCGGAGCCUGGCAGCAGGCUGAGUUUCUCUUGUUGAUGGGAACACGAUGUAUUUUGCUUCACCUCUCAGCCUCUCAAACACUUACCUUCCCCACCCCCUUUGCCCCGCUC